CCACCACAACCACAAUACAUUUCACCACCGCAACAAGAUCUUAGCUCUUCACCAUAUUCAGCUCUUGCUCCUCAACUACAAGCAGCUCCAAUUCCUCAAGCACAACCAAGCAACAACUCCCAACCAGACCCAAUGUGCUUUCCUGUAUGCUGCUGUAUUCAACAAAUAGUGUGUGAUGCUCUUGGAAUGCCAACGACUGUUUCACACUGUCAACAAGUUUUGAUACAAAUAGGUUAA